UGCUGCUGGAAUUUCUUACAGAACUCAUUCCACUGAGAAAAAAGCGUAGCCAAACAACAAACAAACAACUAAUUUUACUCAAAAACAAUACAAGUGAAAACAAAACACAACCUUCUAAUAUUAGCAUUACACAUUUGAGGAUUUUCUUGCCUUUUCCAUUACCAGAGAACAUGCAGAAAUAGAAACCAAACAAAAGAAAGAAAAAAUGGCGGAUCUCAGAGCUUCCCUGCCUCCGAGCUUCCACACUCUCUUCGUCCCUUCCCGCAUUCUUUUCUUCUCCAAACCUUCUCACCAUAACAGCAAUGGAAUUGGAAGCUUCGCUCCCAAAUUGCCGUCGCCGAAGCGACGGACUAGGGUCCCAAUUCUCGGCUCCAAAUUGGAUUCCGACUCGAGGUCUUCGUCCUCGGAUUUCGGCAUCCUCUCAACUUCCGAGUGUUCGGACGGUAGCAUUGUCUUCCGGUUUGGGCACGCCAGAGACAGUGAAGCAACGGUUGCGACUAUUGAUGUUGAGAAGGAUGACAAUGCUGCCACUGAAGGUUUGGUAAAUGAACAUGGUAAACAGUCCAAUGAGAGCAUAGGACUGGGUAGUAGUUCGGAAAAAGUAAAAUCUCAUUCCAAAAGACAAGGGAGAAGACGCUCAGCCCAAGAAAGCAGAGAAGUCAGUAGUGUUCUUGAUCAAGUUAAUGAUGAACAAUUCAAUGAGUUUGUGGAGCCAGAUAGUGUUGUAGAUCAAGGUACAUCUCGUACCAAAAGGCGAGGAAGAAGAUACCGAGCUAAACUAAGCAAAGAAGUAACUAGUGUUCUAGAUAGAGAAUCUAGUGAAGUAGAAUCUGUAACUGAUAGCGUAUCAGAAUUGAGUGAAUCAGUGGAAGAGGCUACACUUGAUUCUAAAACCAGUGAUCUGUCUCAUUCUGAAUCUAGUGUAGAUGAAGUUUCAGUUAACAAGGUUAAUGAUGUGGUUAGGACUACAGAUACUAGUUCGGAAGUUGAUGUUGUUCAAAAUGAGGAAAUUCAUAGAGACAUUGAGGAGAGCACUGCAAGCAUUGGUGGGAAUAAAGUUAUAGAUGUGUCUGAUAAUUGUGCUUCUCCAGCAAGUAACGAAGAGAGUUCCCAUGUUGAAGUUGCUUGUCUCCCUACAUCUGGUGAGGAUAGUGGAACUCUCAUUGAGGUAACGAAUCUGUCCACCAUGACACAGGCCGAAACGCCACUGGAUCAGGAAAUGGGGACAAGUGCAUCGGAUGAGGAUGUUAAAGUGGACAAGACUGAAACUGGGAUAGCGUUAGGUUGUAAUGUCUCUUCCACAACUUCUGAAGAAGAUGCGAGUAAAACAAACACAAGUAAUGUUGCAGGAGCGCCAAUCUCUGAAGUUGUAGAAGUCCCUUCAAUUACAAAAACUCCUAUUAGGGAGGAAACCUCAAGAGCGGGAUUUGUACUAUCUUCUGGUGCUGCUUCAUUGCCUCAUCCCUCAAAAGGUGGAGAGGAUGCGUAUUUUGUCGCUUGCCAAAGUUGGCUAGGUGUGGCUGACGGAGUCGGUCAGUGGUCACUAGAAGGGAGCAGUGCUGCACUAUACGCCCGAGAACUCAUGGAUAAUUGUGCAAGAAUUAUGGCAGAUUGCAAAGGCACUCCAGUGAAAGAACCAGACGAAGUUCUCUUUAGAAGUGUUGCAGAAACACAAUCACAUGGAUCAUCAACAAUUUUGGUUGCUUACUUUGAUGGUCAGACUUUCCACGUGGCCAACAUUGGUGACUCGGGAUUCAUCAUAAUUCGAGGUGGUGCUGUCUUUCAGCAGUCAUCUCCAAUGGUACACGAGUUCAAUUUUCCAGUACAUAUUGAAAGAGGUGACGAUCCCUCCAAACUCAUAGAGCGGUACAGAAUUGGUUUGGAUGAGGGAGAUGUGAUUGUCACUGCGACAGAUGGCCUUUUUGAUAAUUUAUACCAACAAGAAAUUGCUUCAAUUGUAUCAAAAUCAUUUGAAGCUGGUUUCAAACCGCAGGACACAGCAAGGAUAUUGGCUAAAAGGGCACAAGAGGUGGGACGAUCCUCAUCAUCAGGGUGUCCAUUUGCAGACGCAGCUCAGACAGCAGGUUAUGUGGGUUAUGCGGGUGGCAAGCUCGAUGAUGUAGUCGUCAUUGUAUCAUUAGUUCAGAAAAAGUACAUCAGCUAAAGCGUCAGUUUAACUCCUUUGUAUCAGUAGUUUCUUAAAUGUGGAAAGGAAAAAAAAAAAAAAAAAACGCACUCUGUAUCUUGUGGCUCUGGCUGUGAUUUAUAGUGGUAUCCAUUUGACAAACAUGGCAAACAAAGGUUGCCUACUUCUAUCUUGAAUUUUAUUUUGAAUCCAAUAUUUCUUCAUCGUCAUACCAGUCCUGGAGAAUGUGCUACGCUUUUUAUAGGUCUGCCCGGCUUCCUCACUUCCAGAGUCGGCCGACAUAACUCACGGGGUGCGGCCUUUCUGAUGACAUUGCUCCUUGUUUAAUCAACCCGUUCUUGAAACAAAUUUGCGUCUGGAUCUUGUAGAACAUGCCAGUUCGCUAAGAGAAAGGCCUGUAGCGAUGACAGUGAAGAAUGUGUCCAGUUAGCAAUAGUAUUAUUAAAAGCUGAGCAAGUUAUGAACACAUCUUCACGUAGUGCAACUUAAAACUCCCCUCAAUCUGAGAACAGAUUUC